CUUACCUUUAACCAUAUACGAACUGUAGGAUCUGACUUUGAAAUAAACAUUCUACUUCUUUGUAUUUUUUAUUCUCUUUUUUUAAAGAAAGAAUCUUUUUCUUUUCGUCGUUGUAAUUUAUAAAGACUUACAGGAUCAUCUCUCGUCAAAACUUGCUUUUCAAUUGCAAGCGGUCAUUGAUUAAAGAAAAAGGAAAAAAGAGAAAAGUAAAAUAAAAAAAAUUCUUAUAAGCAAAGCCCUUCAAGCUGUUUCAAAUUUCAAGACGCGCGACGCCUCAAAACAAGUACUACUGAUUUGGUAAACUAGAUCGUUUCAGCAAGAGUUUUUGCAACUUUGAUUCUAUAAGGUUAGUUUAAUUAUGCCUGUCGACACAGAAUAUUACGAAAUAUUGGGAGUGUCUCCGGAUGCUUCAAGUUUAGAGAUUAAAAAGGCGUACAGGAAACUAGCGGUUAAGUAUCACCCUGAUAAGAACCCAGAGGACCCUCAAGGUGCAAGCGAGAGGUUUCAAAAAAUCAGCGAGUCAUAUCAAGUGCUAGGAGACGAACAGCUUCGAUCUCGAUACGAUCAGCAUGGAAAAGAAAAGGCAGUUCCAGAGCAAGGGUUUACUGACGCGUAUGAUUUCUUUGCCAAUCUGUUCGGUGGUGCCCCUUUUCGUGAAUGGGUAGGAGAGCUUUCUUUUGUCAGAGAAAUGUUCCGAGAGGAGGAAGCCAUGCAGGAAGAGAUGAAUCAAAUGAAUAAGCAACAGCUUCUUCUUGAUUCAGGGGAAGCAACCCCGACUAUAAAGCAACAAUUUAAUGAGCGAAAAAAAAAUGCGCAAAUUCGAGAACGAGAAGCUGCUGCUAAACGGGAAAAGCAAAUGCUCGAAGACAGGAAGAAACGAAUUUCUGAAAUUACGAAAAAUCUUCAAAAACGUCUAGACAGUUGGGUUGAAAAGAGCUCUACUGAAGAAGGACUUCAGGCACUUCGUGAACAAUAUGAAAAGGAGGCAGAAACACUUCGAAUUGAAUCAUUCGGUGUCGAAAUCUUACAAGCUAUGGGUGAUGUCUAUACUCAAAAAGCACGAAACACAAUCAAAUCAAGCAAAUUUGGAAUUGGCGGUUUUUGGAGUCGGAUGAAAGAAAAAGGAAAGAUUGCUCGUGACACUUGGGAUACUCUUUCUGCAGCAAUGGAUGCUAAAUUAAGUAUUGAUCAAAUGCAAAAAUUGGAGGGUAAAAUGGAUGAAAGUACUACACCUGAAGAACGCGCACAAUUAGAAAUGGAUAUUACAGGAAAAGUUUUGCGGGCCAGCUGGUGUGGCGCUCGAUACGACAUUCAAGGUGUAUUACGGGAUGCUUGCAACAAUCUUCUACGAAAGAGCCUACCUAUUGAUCUAAGAAUGAAGCGUGCGAAUGCUCUUCUUGAAAUUGGUACCAUUUUUAGUCAGGUAGAAGCUGACCCUGAUGAUCCUCAUAGAGUAUUUGAGAACCUAAUCUUGCAAGAUAAGAAGAAAAAGAAAAAAAAGGAUAAGGAAAACUCUACCAAAAAUCCACCAAAGUCUUAGAGACGGUCAUAAUCCUUUAAGCCCGUAAAGCCUUGUUUUCUAUGUAAUUAUUCCAUGUUGGCUACAUGUCAAUCUUAGACUAUAGAAACGCUGAAUUCUUUUUAUAUGGUACAGUGUUAUUUUAAAAUCAUAUACGUUAAAGGUUAAUUUCGCUCAGAGUAUUGUACAUAAUACCUAGCUUCUGGAGUUGAGAGUCGCCGGUGUUUUUCCAUUAAUAGGCGUUCUGAAUGACUUCCGCUCACUAGAGAUUCAAUUGCUGCUCGAAGUAUAGGAUUGAAAUCUUUUAUUUGUAUUUCAGUUUUAAUAUCAGUCACUGACCGUUCCUGAGUAGCUUGGUAUACGUGGAAAAGCAGCUUUAAAGCGUUCAGACUUUUUGUGGAAGUAUUAAAAACAUGCGAAAGUACAGAGCCACGUGGUAAUAUCCAUUGUUGUUCGGGUGCUUCAUUGAACUGAAAAAUGAUAUCGAAAUGCUGACGGACAGUCUUCCUAUCACUAAGAAGACUGUUUACAAACUCAUCUUUGUCAUGUUGAUUUAACGUUAAAGUUAUACGUUUACGAGGCGGCUUUUUGGCACGACGUGGUGAUGGAAAAGUACUAGGUCCUAUUAGCUCAUUAUGAAGAAGAAUGCACUGUUCAGGAGUUCCCAAUCCCUUCGCUAUUUUCUUCAGUAUAUUCAUUAUUGUGGGAUCUUGUUGAGCUCGUAUUCUCAAGUGCUGUAUUGAUUCAUCUGUUAUUAGAGGCUCGACGGGUUCUCCAGGUGUACUCUCAUAGUCUUCGGGUUUUUUAGGGGACGGGGGUCUAUAUUGAGGAGGUGGUAGUAAAUCUUUUUCGUAAUCUUUUUCUUUGUCAUCGAUAGUCUCUCCUCCUGCGCUCAUCAUUGGAGCUGGUCUUUUCAGGUUUGGUCUGUAAUCUAAACCAUUAUAUUGGGGAUUCACAUAAGAUAUGUUUGGAGCAUUGAAUGGUUCUUUAACUGAAUUAGAAUAAUGUACGAAUGUAAAACUAGUAUUUUCAAAUCGAAGAGGGCCGACACAUAAGGUAGCAGUUCCCAAAGAACGGUAAUGAGGAUGGAGAAUACCACCCGAAAGGUAAUGAUUUUCCUUAGCCGAAUACUUUUCAAAAAGGCUUCCAUUUAUAAUCGACUCCCGACUUUUCUUGAGGGCACUGAAGAUAACUCUGACGCCUGGUUAGUUUAUACAAACAAAACACCAUACACUGAUUUUACCUAGGAUGAUAGCCCUUUUCCAAAGAACUGUGAAAAGCAUCACUAGCUCUUGGGAGUAGUAAAAAGUUUGAGCUCACAAUUGCUUCAAGCUUCAAAGACUCUGACUCUUCGCGUUCUUUCACCAAUUCAUCAUUUGCAGAGUAAAUGCUCUCGUCCAUACUCAUUUUUUUCCAUAAAUAAUUAUAUAACUAUG